AUGGCAAGAGAGAACCAAGACGACCUGGGCAUUGGAAACAACAUGGACUCGCUCAGCUCUGAGCCAGACAUGCCUCGCUGGAAGCCAUCCACGCAAGAACUCAUCAUCAUGUUGACUUUGGCUGUCACCUCUCUGAUGGUUUCCCUGGAUGCCACGGUCAUCAUCACCUCGCUGUCUACCAUUGUCCAAGCCCUGAACGCCUCGGCCACCCAGGGUUUCUGGAUUGGAACUUCAUACCUGCUCACAUGUGCAGUCACCAUGCCAUUCACUGCUUCGUUGAGCGACAUCCUCGGUCGACCACACUGUCUGUUCGCCUCGAUAGUGACCUUCACAAUCGGCACCAUUGUAUGUGCUACCGCCCAUAGCAUCAGUCAGAUGCUGGUCGGACGCUGUAUCCAGGGGGUUGGGGGCGGUGGGAUCAUCAUCCUCUCGCUGGUUAUCUUCUCUGAUAUCGUUCCAUUGAGAUUUCGCCCACGAUAUGUUGGCAUCAUUCAAGGAGCUUGGGCUUUGGGGACUUGUGUCGGACCCAUAGUCGGCGGAGGGCUGGCCACGCCUUCCCUCUGGCGGUGCGUUUUCUACCUUAUGUUCCCCUUCGCCGGGGUUGGUCUUGUCUGCGUGCCGCUGUUUGUCCGCCUGAAACCCCGCAAGGCUACCUGGCGAGAGAUGGUGACUCGGGUCGACUGGGUUGGCGGCUUCCUGUUCAUUUCUUCAGCCACUGGCUUCCUCGUUGCCGUUUCGUGGGGCGGAGCACAAGAGCCCUGGGGGAGUUGGCGCACAAUCGUCCCCUUAACCCUGGAUGGUUUCGGGAUCGUUGCUACCAUGCUCUGGGAACGGUUCGGGGCUCGGCAUCCGUUCCUUCGACAUUCGCUUUUCAGGCACCGUUCUGCCGUUGCCGUCUACGUGGGCGCCUUUGCUCAGGGCUUACUGCUCUACGGCCAACUCUACUACAUCCCGCUCUUCUUCGAAGCCGUCAAACUCAACUCUCCAAUCCGCACCGGCGUAUCCCUCCUCCCCGUCAUGUUGACCUUGAUCCCAGCCUCAGUCAUCGUCGGCUCCAUGAUCACCCGCACCGCCCGAUACCGCUGGGCCAUCUGGACCGGCUGGGUCCUGGCCACGCUCGCCACCGGCCUGACUGUUCUAUGGGACGAGCAGACCGGCACUGCAGUAUGGGCCACAAUUUUGGUCCUGCUGGGUCUCGGACACGGCCUACUGCUGAACGCCCUCAACACUGCCUCGCAGGCCGUUUCGGUCCCCGGCGACGAAGGCCCCGCUGUAGCAAUGUACGCCUUCCUGCGCAGUUUCGGCAUGGCCAUCGGCGUCGGCAUCGGCGGGUCCAUCUUCCAGAAUGUGAUGAGACGCAAGCUUGUCGCCUUGCAUCUCCCCGCCACCAUCGCGUUGCAGGCCGAGGCAUAUAUCGCCCAGCUGCAUCAAUUGGGCGAUACGCCGCAACGGGAGGCCAUCUUCGCGGCCUACGUCGCUGGCUUCCGCGGUGUGUUUGGCUUCUUCUGUGGUCUGGCUGGUCUGGCCUUAGUGGUCUGUCUCUUCAUUCGGCAUUACAAGAUCGAUAAGGCAUUGGUUACCGAGCAUAGAAUGGAAGAAGGGCCGAUGGGAUGGCGACGGGCCAGGAAGGAUCGAAGCUUGAGCCCGACCCAGAGCCGGAGUCGUAGUCAAAGUGCAGCGACGAAUGGAGACCACGCUCGUCCGGAGAGAAGCGCACGUGAUCAGGCGUGA